CUUAUUAAAAUUCCCAAAGUUGAUCUGCCAAAUGAAGUGCAAACAUUUAACUUCUACUUGUCAAAUGUUGGCAAAGAUAAUCCUCAGGGAAGCUUUGACUGUGUCCAGCAAACGAACUCAAGUUCUGGAGCCUCACAACUCAAUUGCCUGGGAUUUAUACAGAAUAAAAUUACAGUAUGUGCAACAAGUGAUUCCUAUCAGACGACCAGAGAGCGCAUGACCCAGGCAGAAGAGGAGUCGCGCAAUCGAAGUGCAAAGGUUAUUAAACCUGGUGGACCAUUUUUAGGAAAAAGAGUACAGGUCAGGAGACCACCACAAAGCAUUCCAGAUGCUGUGCCCGAGAGGAAGAGAUCGACACCCAUGAACCCUGCAAACACGAUUCGGAGAACUCACACACACAAUGCUGUUUCUCAGCGACCGUACAGGGACAGGGUGAUCCACUUACUGGCACUGAAGAGUUACAAGAAACCAGAGUUACUUGCUCGCUUGCAAAGAGAUGGUGUCAACCAAAAGGACAAGAAUUCCCUUGGAAUUAUCCUUCAGCAGGUAGCCAGCCUGAAUCCAAAGGAUAAUUCUUACACUCUGAAGGAUUAUAUAUUUAAAGACAUUCAGAAAGAUUGGCCUGGAUACAAUGAAAUAGAUAAACAGUCAUUGGAGUUAAUACUUUCUAGAAAAUUAAAUUCAUCUCAGAAUGCCACCAGCACCAGUCAUUUGGAAUCUUCUGUAACUUCUAAUGAUGAUGGUCCAUCAACUUCUCAGAAACGACUUUUGAAUUCUGAUUUUAUCGAUCCUCUGAUGAACAAAAAGCAGAGGAUAUCUCAUCUGAACAGUCGAGCCCAGCUAUCGUACGGUUGCUACUUGCCUGCCUCCAUUGAGAAAGCCACUGCUGCCCCUCCGCCGCCUCCCCCGCCUCCGCCCCCGGCAGCUGCCACUACUUCUGCUCCUUUGCUGCUGCCUCCCACACUCCUUCCCACUUCUACCCCUCCUCAAGCUGUCAGCUCCACCUCAUCCAACACCCCUGAGAGGCAGGGGACACAAGACAUGUCAAUGGACAGCUUCAGUCAAAAUAGCAGUGGCAUCUAUCAGGACCAGCAAAAAAAACAUACCUCUCAAACUGUCUUCAGAAUCCCAGCGCCUCCCAAAUCCACAGGUGAGAAGCGUAUGGUGUUGCAGCAAAGGUCCAAGAAGGUACAAGAGCAUAAGGGGAAAGACGAAAGCAAAAUGCAAGACACUACAAGUGCAAGCAGGGAGGAGAAAGACCUUAAAAAAGAAGAAACUGUCAAGCUGAAAAAAUCCUCCGGUAUGGAUUCUGAUGAAGGAGUUAAAGAAACUUGCUCUGCCUCCAUAGAUGGUCCUUCAUCUAGCGAACAACCAGACUACUUCAAAAAAUACGUAGCUAUAGUCUCAUACGAGCAACGCCAGAGUUACAAGAAUGACUUCUAUGCUGAGUAUGAUGAAUACAGGAACUUGCAUGCUCGGAUAGAGAAUACCACCAGAAAAUUUGUGAAGCUUGAUGCACAACGCAAGCUUCUUUCUCCAGGGUCCAAAGAAUAUCAGAUGCUUCAUGAGGAGGUCUUAGAAGAGUAUCGAAAAGUAAAACAGUCUACCCCCAAUUACUAUGAAGAGAAGUAUAGAUGCGAGUAUCUCCACAACAAGCUGUCUCACAUCAAGAGACUCAUAGGGGAAUAUGAUGAACAGCAAGCAGAGUCAUUGCACUAG